AAAAAGAAGAAAAAGAAGAAGAAGAGGAAGAAGAAGAAGAAGAAGAAGAAGAAGAAGAAGAGGAUGAAGAAGAAGAGGAUGAAGAAGAAGAAGAAAAUUCAGUCGUUCAAGCGGCCGACGUUACCAUCAAUGGUAAAAAAAAAAAAUCGGCCGAUUUUCAUCCCUCCCUUCUACAGCUGGCAAAAAGUGUCCCUGCAGAGAGCUCCUCUAUUUCUGACAGUUCUCUGACAGUUCCUUCACAUUUACAGCGGUUGAAACAUUGUAUUUAUUUGUUUCC